GGAUGACGGAUCUACAUACAAGAACCUUUACGGACAGCUUCCUCCGUAAUUAUUUUUUCCAUGGGAUUUCCUUGACCAACACUCUCCAAUUGAUUGACCAGCCAGCUCUUUCCAGACGGCUUUGUCUUUACUCGAGCCAAUUCUCAACGGACCUUUGAUCAUAUCCCGUUGUCUCCCUUCCCUCUCUUCCUCCCUCGUCAAGGGCCGUUCGAGUGUAGCAUCACACAACCGCGAACCACAACACAACCGGCCCCGAACACUACACAUAACCGUCAUCAUGGCUCGCGCAAAGCAGCCAACGCCCGUACGGCGUGAGGUUUCCUCCGAAUAUAUCAGCAAAGCCGACCGAAAAUCGCCAACUGGGGAGGAAGCAGUUGUUGUCUCCGGCGCAGAUGGAAGUGUGAAGCCGUCAUCAUCAUCAUCAUCAUCCCUUGCGGUACCAAUGAAGAAGGAAGCCGGCGUCGUCACGCUCCUCAUUGACGUUGCGGGCAUUUACAUUUCUUUUCUAACCUGGGCCUACCUCCAAGAAAAGCUCACAACAACCAACUACGGCGCCUCUUCUUUUUCCAAAGGCGAACGCUUCAAAUUUCCCGUCUUCCUCCUAACCAUCCAAUCCCUCUUCGCCGCCCUCGGCGGCAAACUGUUCACCGUCCUGUCCACCCCCAAAGGCCAGCCAGUCCCCGCCAUGAUCCCCUCGCGCGCCAUCUUACCUCCCUUGCUACUAGUAGCAUUCACCAACGCGCUCGCCGCUCCCUUCGGGUACGCUGCGCUCGGUCAUAUCGAUUACAUCACGUACAUCCUGGCCAAAAGCUGUAAGCUGUUGCCGGUGAUGUUUUUGCAUAUUACUUUGUUCAGAAAAAGGUAUCCGCUUUACAAGUAUUUAGUCGUGGCGGCGGUGACGGCGGGCGUGGCGGUCUUUACGCUGCAUUCUGGCUCCAAAAAGCACAAGACUUCUUCUAGUCAUUCAGGCCAGACAAGUUGGGGAUUGUUGUUGUUGGGGAUCAAUCUGUUGUUUGACGGCCUGACCAACAGCACGCAGGAUUACAUUUUCCAGACGUUUCAGCCUUAUACGGGCCCGCAGAUGAUGAUGGCGAAUAAUCUGUUGUCGUCGGUGAUCACGGGCGGGUAUUUGGUUUUGUCCCCGUGGCUGGUUAAAACCGGGUUGGGCGAGUGGUUUGGCAUGGCUCAGGCUACGGGCAGCGAAGGGGAGCUGGCGGGCGCGUUGGCGUUUUUGGCGAGACAUCCCGAGGCUUGGAGGGAUGUGCUGGGUUUCGCGGUUUGUGGGUGUGUUGGGCAGGUUUUUAUUUUCCAUACCCUCUCAACCUUCUCCUCCGUCCUCCUCGUCACCGUCACCGUCACCCGCAAAAUGUUCACCAUGAUCCUCUCCGUCGUGGCUUUCGGCCACCGCUUGUCUCAAAUGCAGUGGCUCGGCGUCGGUCUCGUGUUUGGUGGUAUCGGUGUCGAGGCCGGGAUCGCGAGGCGUGAGAAGCUGGCUAAGGAAGAGGCGAAGAGGAAGGCGAAGGCGCAAUGAUUUGGGUUUUGCUCAGUUAGUUCCAUGUCGGGUAGAAAUGAAACUGAAGCAAUUAUUUCGGUCUAUAUAGGUAGAUGGUAUGGUGCGAGAUAGAGAGACGGAGAGGUUAGGAUGUGAUAUUGAUCGAUAUCAUGCACGUAUGCAUGUGUGCCGAUGUUCAGUUGGUUACUUGGGGCUGGAGGUUUUUAUUGUGUACGAAUAUUGUUUGUUUGUUUGUAGGAUGUGACUCGGGAGGUCUAGGCGUAUUUCGCAUGUACAUAUAUAUAUAUAUAUCUAGUGUGAAAACACAUACUGCUAGUACAUAAAC